AUGGAGGCUGCCGUCGCUGUUCCCCAGCACCAGCUCUUCGAAUCUCCAAACACUCGCUCGAUAGAGAUCUUUGAUUGGUUCAUCACAGCAUCUACCAACCCCAUCUCCAACGCCGAGCACUGCGAUGCCCUCCAAUCGGCCCUCAGCAUACCUCUCCCAGAAAUGACAUUUGGAAACAAUUUCUUGACCCUCGAACACCGCCCUUCAUCCUGGAAAUAUUCGUUCUCGACAAAAGACGCGCUAAAAGCCGUAAAGAACGGACAAUUGGUAGACGGAGAUGGCGGUGUCAAGGUAGGGUAUGCAGAUAAAUGGCUAGAAAGCAGGCAUGCACCCUCAUCCACCGUCGCCACGAAACCUUACGACUGGACGUAUACGUCCACGUACCCUGGCCACCAGGAUGUCGAAGCAUCUACCGACAGCAGCAUUUCAGAAUUUUCUUGGGUUCCUGCAGACGAUGAAAAUCCGUCGAAUGGGAUUCCAAUGGCCGAACUGACCCGACCCGACCCUAUACUGUUCUACGCCGAAAUACCAUUAUUCGAGGACGAGCUACACGAUAAUGGAUCUUCUGCCCUCAUCGUCAGAAUUCGCGUGAUGCCCUCGUGCAUUUUCAUCCUAUCGCGUUUCACUUUGCGUGUCGAUAAUGUUCUCUUCCGGACCUACGACACGCGCAUGUACCACUCAUUCGCGUCCAAGCCACCCUUGAUUGUACGAGAAAGAAGUGGAUGGGAAGCGCCUUAUGAGCGCGUUAAACAGGUACGAAACACCUAA